AUGAAUAACGCUGUGCGGUACAACAAGAGCAAUACUCAUCAUGGAGGCAGUGGUGUUAUUUUGCGAAAUGAGCAUGGGAUAUUUCAAGCUGGUGCUAACAGGGCUUAUGUGCAAUUGACUUCUCCUUUCCAUGCUGAGUUGAACGCUUUAUUGGAUGGAAUGAGGCUGGCUGAAAACUUACACCAUGAUAGAGUAAUAUUUGAAACUGAUUGUUUGAUGCUCACGCAGGCCUUACAACAACAAGAUGUUGACCUCUCAAGUUUGGGUGAUAUUAUUGUAGAUGUGAAGGAGAUAAUGAGUAGGCAUGUUGAUUUCAGAGUUGCUCAUAUAUACCGUGAGACUAACCGAGUAGCCCAUGUACUUGCCAACCAUGCUUUGCAUUCGAGUGAGAGUCAAAGUUAG